CCAAAGGUACCUCACUGAUAAGGCUAUGCAUUUUAAAAACUUCAAAUUUUCAAGUGUUUAGUUCUGUGUGAAAAACUCAUUGAACGACUUUGUUCUUAAGCAGUUAGAAUUAUUUUUUUAUUACGAAAACAAAUAUCCUGAAAUCUUGUGGAGGUUCUUUUAUGUUUUAGUAGUGAUUUCACAAUUAUUUUCUUAAUACGGAGGCGCUAGAAAAUUCGUGUGGUAGCUUUUUUUUUCAUUCUAGUUAUUUUUAUUUUUUAAAGUAGCCUUUUUAUCAAGUUGUUUGGAAUAUAUAAAAAGUGUGAUAUCUUAAUUCCUAAAUAGAAGCUAUUUUUCUAAUAAUUGAGAAUAUGCACAGUUUAAAAGAGAUUGCAUAAUUUGUCAUUUGAAGUGAACAAAUAAUGGAUUUGCCAUCAGUUGAUAGUUGUCUGGAAAAUUGGAACGAAUUGGGAGCUGAUUUUAAGACCUUAGAGACUGUUAACAAAGAUUAUCUAACAAAACUUGAAGAAUUAAUUGAAGUGCAAUCAAAAUGUGUCAAAGAAUUGAAUCACCAAAGGUACCGAAUAGGAAUUGUCAAACGUUCAUUGAGAAGGUUACAUAUAGGUGAAGAUGAUGCUGAAAAAGUAGGUGGUUUACGAAAGGAAAUAGAAAAGAGAGAGAGAACUCUAUUUGACAUUGAACAAACUUUACCCAAGCCAAAUGGAAUGUACCUUAAAAUUAUUCUUGGAAAUGUUAAUGUUUCAAUACUUGAUAAGAAUGACAAAUUUAAAUAUAAAGAUGAAUACGAGAAGUUCAAAUUAAUCUUGAGUGCAAUUGGCUUUCUCCUCUCUCUUGCAAAUCUUUGUAUUAAUCUAAGGGUACUUGAACUGUCUCUCAUGUUUCUCCUCGUAUGGUACUACUGUACCCUUACGAUACGAGAAUCCAUUUUGAAAGUCAAUGGCUCCAAAAUUAAGGGUUGGUGGCGACUUCAUCACUUCAUUUCAACUGCUGCAUCAGCAUUUCUCCUUGUGUGGCCUGAUUCAUUGUCUUGGACAACAUUCAGGUUUCAGUUUAUGGUGUUCAAUGUUUAUAUAAGUGUAGUACAAUACUUACAGUUCAGGUACCAGCAAGGUGUCCUCUACAGAUUGAAGGCUCUUGGGGAAAGGCAUAACAUGGACAUCACAAUAGAAGGUUUCCAUUCGUGGAUGUGGAGAGGUCUUGGUUUUCUCCUGCCUUUCUUGUUUGCUGGAUAUUUAUUUCAACUGUAUAACGCUUACACGUUAUACAAACUAUCUAAAAUCUCUGAUGCUCCUUGGCAGGUGCCUGUUCUGUCUGUACUGUUCUUUAUGUUAUUUCUUGGAAAUACCAUUACAACCUCAAUGGUAAUACCACAAAAAAUACAUGAAAUGAGAGAGCAUAGAGAACAAAGGAUUCAUGCCAAUCCAGUUAAAAAUAAUGAUUCUGCCAGAAAAACAGAUUAAUAAACACAUCAGUAAAAUUAAGUAAAUAUAUAUAUGUGCUCUUGUAUAUAUUUAUUUAAAGAUUGUAUGUUAUUGUUAAUGUAUAAAAGAUAGUUGUUGAUUAAAAUAAAUGAUUGUUGUUGGUUUAUUUUUUCAAGUAAACUAGCCAGUUUUAUUUAUUAAUUAA